AUGUUGAAUUCAACCGCAUCAAAUCAAGAUGAAAUCAUCCUGAAAUCAUCAAGAAGAUUUGUGCUGGCAGAUCAAGCCAAGGAUCAAGAGUCUGCUCCCAUUUAUAGACCCAAGAGAUCGAGUAAAAAAGUGAAAUUAACCCUUGUUACUAAUUAACCAUAUACUUAAUCCAAAAUUUGUUAUAUUUGCCGUAGAAGUUGCUUAGUUAAAUUAUGUAAAUGCGACGAUGUAUAAUAUCAUCCUGAUUGUGUGAUUGCUGAAAUGAAGAAGCCUUCCUCUUCGAUAUCAACAUUACAAUGUCUUUUUUGUUUAUGUUUCUUUAAAACUGAAAUUAAAAAUAAAAAAUUUCAUCAAAGAAAGAGAUAUAGAAAUUUUACAGUUCUACUCGCCAUCUCAAUAGCUGUUCUCUUUAUUAUUUUAGGAGUAUUAUGGAAUCAACUCUCAUCAUAAUUGAUAAUCAUUUUAUUUAUAAUCAAUAUAUUCCUCUCUCUAAUUGCAUUAUAUACCUACAAAAAAAUUUACUAUUUAGAAGUAGAUUGGAAGUUACUCACUAUGGAGGAUGAAUUAAUGGACCCUCAGGCUUAUCGAAAUGCUAAAAUUAUAUUCCAAGCCGUUGAUACAAACACUGCACAUUACAUAUUUGAUACUGAAAUUUAAUGA